AUGCCUCCGAAGUUCGACCACAACAAGCUCAAAGUCGUGUACCUAAGAUGCACCGGAGGGAAAGUAGGGGCAACGUCCGCUCUGGCCCCAAGAUCGGCCCCCUGGGCCCAGAUUGAGGUGGUGCCUUCUGCUUCUGACCUGAUCAUCAAAGUUCUCAAGGAACCACCCAGAGACAGAAAGAAGCAGAAAAAUAUUAAGCACAGUGGAAAUAUCAGUUUAGAUGAGAUCAUCAGCAUUGCCUGUCAGAUGCGACACCAGUCUUUGGCCAGAGAACUCUCUGGGACUAUUAAAGAGAUCCUGGAGACUGCCCAGUCAGUGGGCUGCAACGAUGAUGGCCGACACCCUCAUGACAUCAUAGAUGAAAUCAAUAGUGGUGCUGUGGAAAGCCCAUCUAGUUAA